AUGUAUUCCACACCUUUAAAAAGUAGAAUUGACUACAACAACAGCACGUUUGCUGGUUCACAGUCGCUUUCUAAGAACAGCGCGAAUAACGAGACUAAUGGUACUGGCACUGGCAUCAAUGGUAACUCAUCUACUGAUGGUAUAAUUGCUAGAGGUCUAAAGACGAGUGCUGCUCUAGUCGGUUCGGACAGUGCCUCGGUAACGUCAGAUUUGUCCAACGCAAAGGAGCAUUUGAGGGUCAAUGGAUUGGGUACAUCGAAUCCAUUGGAAUUAUCAAGUCAAUACAUCGAUCAUUUGCAGAGACAAGAUGCGAGUACACCUGUAUUGGAUGAGAGAUCCUACUACAACAACGGUGUGAACUACAAUUUCAGUAAAGAAGUGGGGGGAUUAGGUGCAUUUACACCUUUUGAAAGGCAGCAAGUGAUUAAUUUACCGGAUGAAAUUUUACAAGAAGCUUCCAAGGCGGAAAUGAGAAGUGAUAUGGGUAUUUUCCCUGAAAUUAACCGUUGUUGGAUUAUCAUAGACAAUAAACUUAUACUGUGGAACAUUAGAGAUAGUAGUGAUUUCCAGACCAUUGAUGAGAUCAAACACACUAUUUUAAAAGUUGCAUUAGUAAAACCAAAACCUAAUAUGUUUGUGGAUUAUGUGCAACAUCUUUUAUUGAUUUCCACACCAUUUGAUAUCUAUAUUUUGGCUGUUUCAUACGAUGCAUCUACCAAUGAGCUUGGCGUUUUCAAUACAGGGAUGUGCGUUUCAGUGCAUGGGCUAGAUGUUGCUGAAAUUGUCUGUUUUGAAAGAACAGGUCAAAUUUUCUUCUCUGGAAGAACUAACGGUCUUAACAUAUGGGAGUUACAAUAUUCAGGUUCAGACGAUUGGUUCAACAGUAAAUGUAAUAAAGUAUGCCUGACACAAUCUGCAUGGUCAAGUCUUUUACCAGGUAAUAUAAUAUCCAAAUUACCAGGCAGUAGAUUAGUACAGUCUUUUUUCGAAGAGGAUCCGAAGUAUUCUCAAGAGACUAUAGUACAAUUAACGGUUGAUCAGUCCAGAGGUAUCGUCUACUCACUUUCAUCUAAAUCUAAUAUUAAGGCAUAUUUGAUCACAGACCAUUCAUUGGAAGGUCCACUAACCAUCGAACCCUUUUAUAUCAAAAGAAUCAUGGGGACGACUACAGCAAGAGGUGCAGCCAUUUUGGGUACCAAAUACUUGAAAAUUUCUAAGAUAGAAACCGUUUCACAACAGGAGAAUAACAAUUUGUUCUUUGUGGCAAUCACCGUUGGUGGUGUUCGUUUAUAUUUCAAUGGAUCUGUGGGUAGAUCAUCCAUAGAAGCGUUAAGAUUAGAAUCUAUUAAAUUCCCACCAAGUUCCGCCACUCAAGAAACCAUUGAACAUGAAUUACAACAACAACAAUUAGAACAACAGAAAAGAGCUUUACCGUUUUAUUCAUUUUUAAAUUCAUCAGAGUCAAUUCUUUUGAAGUUCCAAAAGAAAUCUUCAGUCUUGUUGGAAACCUCCAACGCAUGCUCAAUCAUUUCACCUGGUAUGUUCUUCUGUCCCGUGGUUAAGAACCCAACCAGUCCAGAAAAGAACACGACAACGACAGCUGGUGAUAACAACAAUAAAAAUGACAAUAACAAAGAAUCUACUGCAGUUCAGCAUAAGUUGUAUGUAAGUGUACCAGAUUACGGUAUUCUGAAGAAUCAUGGGAAAUAUGUGGAAAAUGCCGUUUUGCUGGACACAACGGGUUCCGUAAAGCAAAUUGUGCCACUAACUCCAAGUUUCAACGCUACCCAAAAACCAGAAGGUUAUGCCAAUGAGUUCGCCACACAGUACAGCAUGGAAAAUAUGAAAGUUGCCGUUUUAACCAAUGGUGCAAUAGAAAUUUACAGAUACCGUACACCUGAUGAAGUGUUUGAAACGUUGAUUGAUAACCCACUGCCGUUUGUUCUCAAUUAUGGUGUUUCAGAAGCUUGCUCUACAGCGCUUUUCGUCACUUGCAAGUUGAACAAGUCUGAAAUGCUAAGAUCGGCGGCUCUAACAUUCUUCACUGUGGGUAUACCCGGUGUGGUUGAAAUUAAACCCAAAUACAACAAAUAUGUGAUGUCCUCGAUGCCCUCCUUCUUAUCAACAACCCCACAAAAGGCAUUGUCCUUAUAUGGUCAAAAUUUUGCUACUCCAAAUACGAAUUUAAAGUCGAAUCAACCUGGUAAUUUCGAUUUAGAUGAUGUGAUUCUUUCUGCAAGAUUUUACGGUAUUGCCUUUUUAAUUGCAAGGUUGUUUAGAGAUAUUUGGGACAAACAAGUGUUCAAAGUUAAUCCAUCCGCUAAAUUUGACUCCUCUAACCACGUCGUUAAAGAAUCCCUAGAAGAUAGAAACAUCAUUGUUGGUACAUCAAUCUCUACUUUAGAUGUGGAGUAUUAUUUGUCUUCCAUUACAAUUCUCAACGAAUUUUUCAACAGUUAUGGUGACUCUAUUACAACGAUCUCUACAGGUGUCAUUUCCAAUGGUACCGGUACAAAUUCUGUGGAUAAGUCUGAGGAAGUGGCUAACCAAGCUGAAAAUAUUGCCAUUAAUUCAUUGAUUAAAUUAGUCAAAUCCAUAAUGGAAGCUCUAUCGUUUUUGAACGUUUUAUAUGAGGAAAGUGAGGUUGAAGGUUACGAACACCAAUAUUUGGCCUUCAAGGACAUAAUCAAAUUUUUGAACUUGGAUGUUCAGACAGAAUUGACCAAAUUGAAGUUCAAGGAUCUAUUCGCACCAAAUACAGAAAUCAAGAGACUCAUCAGAGAGAUUCUUUCUUCCAUCAUUAAUAGAAGUAUUACCAGAGGCGCUUCCAUCGAAUACACAGCUACAGCAUUGCAAGAGCGUUGUGGAUCUUUCUGUUCUAGUAGUGACAUCUUAGGGUUCAGAGCUGUGGAACAUUUAAGAAGGGCUAAAGAAAUUGGUCUCAGAGAUUAUGAGACCUUAAGUUACCAUUUGAACAAUGCUAUUAAACUGUUUGAAAGAAUAGUCGAUGAUAUCUCCAUUGAAAAAUUGAAGGAAGCUGUUAAUAUCAUGUUAGAGUUGCAUUAUUUCCCCAAAACUAUUAAAUUUUUGCUCAAUAUGGCUAAUUCAAUGGAUCGUGGUAAAUUGGCAUAUCAAUACGUUGCCGAUGGAUCUUUGGAACAUGAUGAAAGAAGGAAAUAUUAUGAAAAGCGUUCUGCGGUUUAUGAAUUAGUCUUCGAAACUUUAGUCAAAGUAGAUGAAUUGAGUGCUACUGAUGUACCAACAGGUGCUGGUGGCUUUACUGUCUCUAACGAAUUGAACGCUUUGAGAGAAGAGUCUUACUCGACAGUUUUGCAUUAUAACGAUAAACUAUUCCACUACCAAUUAUACGAUUGGCUUGUAUCCCAAAGUUGCCAAGAUAAAUUACUACAACUGGAUACAGAUUUCAUACUGCCCUACCUGCAAGAGAAAUCCAAGAGUUCAUUAGAAAUUUCAAAUCUGCUUUGGAUUUACUAUUCUAAAAGAUCGAAAUUUUUGGAAGCUGCCGAAGUUCUGUAUACACUAGCAGGGUCAGACUUCAAAUUGAAAUUAGGUGAAAGAAUUGAGUGUCUUUCUCGUGCCAACGGUUUCUGCAACAGUGUUUGUCCACCAAGUCAAAAGCAGAGCAUGGUUCAACUGGCUGAUAUGAUUCAAGAGAUUUUCGAUGUGGCCGCUGUGCAGGACGAUUUACUCACGUUAAUUGCCACGGACAAUCGUGUAAAAUCGGAUGCACGUGGUGAGUUGUUGGCCCAUUUGGAUGGUAAAAUUUUGCCUGUAAGUGAUCUUUUCAACGAUUUUGCAGUACCAUUAGGUUAUUAUGAAAUUUGCCUCUUCAUUUUCAAGGUUUCCGAUUUCAGAAAUGAAGAAGAGAUCAUUGCCAAAUGGAAUGAGUUAUUUGGAUCUCUCAAACAAGAGUUAAACCCUACCGGUAAGAUGGAGGAUUCUUUAAAUUUCAUCAAUUUCCUAUCAAACGUGGUUAUUAAGAUUGGUCGUCAAGUGCAUACAUCCGAAUUUGUAUUCCCCGUGGCCCUUCUUUUCCCCAUUAUUUCCAAUUUAUUCUACGAUGCAUUACCUCAUGAUCAUUUGAAACCCGGCUCCGUUGCAUCUAUCUUCAUUUCAGCGGGUCUCACUUAUGGCAAAUUGUACUAUUUCCUCAAGGAUCUAAUAGAGACUUCAGAUUCUCCUAAAACGAUUUUCCGUGAUGAAAUGACUUGGUUGAUUAAGGAAUGGUACAAAUCAGAUAGAAAGCUAAGGGACAUUAUUAAUUACGAAUCAGUCGCUCAGUUGGAUGACUAUACUCUGGAUAAAGAUCCAAUUGAAAUUUACAUGAAGGAAACUGGUAACACUAUUUAA